UUAUCCACCUUUGUCAUGGUAGGGAGAACGUGUCAAUGUAAGGGUGGGGUCAUCUAAGAUAGCACAAGGGUUAAACACACGUUGAGAAGUUUUCAUCUUUAUAAACACAAGAAAAAAAUCCACAAAAUUCGAGAUUCUUUGUUAGAAACGUCUUCUUAUUAUUAUAUGGAAAUACAUAGGAAGAGUAAUGGUGUCUAAUUGGGAUGAGGUUUGAAGUAUAGUAAAGCUUAUUUCCUUUGCUACUCAUAUUAUAUAAGAAGGCAACUUUUAAGAAGAGUCUGGAUCUGUCAGACUCUUCUAGAAGGCAAAGUGGGGCUACUAUAUCUGGCACAUAGCCCCCCCUUUCUAUCCCCACAACCCUCAACAGGCUGCUCAAAUAUCAAACCAGAAGAAGCUUCUUUCUAUGUCCCACUCAUUCACAAAGACGAACAUGACAGAACCAGGGAGAGCUGUUCAGGAGACCAAAGUCAAACCCAUGGCUUUCAGGUCUCAGAAGGAGAUGUUUGAGAAUAUGGAGGAGUCUUUUAAAGUCUGUGCUCACUGUGAAAAACGACCAGAUCAACUGUCAAGCUCACAGAGCUUAAAGCGCUGUGCCAGAUGUCUGAAUGUUUACUACUGCUGUAAAGACUGUCAAAAAGAGGACUGGUCCAAACACAAGAAGUUCUGCUCACAGCUCCGGCUAGCCGCCAUCGACAGGGUCGUGGAGUGGCUUGUGUUUAAAGGAGAUCUUCCAUUCCCCACGGACAAAUGGUCAAAGCCCCAGUCAGAGGUCAAAGGUUGGGAUGACUGGCUUGUCAUGCAGGGAGACCUUAACUCACGACUGGAUCUCAUUGUAAAUGGGGAAAAUAUGAAAAACCUGUGGACUGAUGCAGGCAGGCCAAAGCCUAGUGAUGAAGAACUGAGGCAGUCCCUGUGGAGGGUCUGCAGUGAGUUCUUCUCCAGACCCCUGACGAUAGCUUGGGGAAUGAGGCUGUUCGGCCUUAACCCCUGUUCCAAACCUCUCACUGUUCAUGUUGUGGGAGCGGGCCACAACGAGACCCUGGCGGCCCGACUGACUGACUACGACGAGCUCAACCACAUGUUUCCAGAGCACCAGGGCAUCGAGGUUGUCAUGGUUGGACCGGAGGUGGUGGACGGCCCCAUUGUGAGGCCUCCUCUGAGAGCGUUUGGCCCCAAGCAGAGGGUCUACAUCAGCGCCUAUAAGGGCCUCUACCAUCAAUUCUGGGAGGAGGUGGUGGAGAAGAAAGAAGCAACCAAACCGGACCUGGUGGUUGGAUUUCAUCCAGGCCUCGAUGCCAGACAAGCUUUGGACGAGGGUUGGCUUCCUACACUUCUGCUCCUCAGGGAUUAUGAGAUUCCUUCUCUUUUCACAGCUCUCAGUGAGACAGAGAUGACAUACUCUCUACAAAUCCUGCUGGAGCUGGAGAUGGACAUGAAGGGUAGUGGAGCCAACCCGUUUGGGUCGCUGAAACCAGAAGUGCUGGGUGGUUCGUCUCCCAACAGGCCUCCUGUCUACUGCAACUCACACUACUUCUGCUUUCAAGGCCUGUUGGAAACUGUCGAGUUUGAGGAACCAGAGUAAACAACAACUGCAUGAGCACUUUACUGUUUAGAGUUCUUUAUAUGUUACAAAUUUAAAGUAAUUCAACAUUCUUUAACUGUAACAUUAUGUGGUAAAAAUGCUUUCUACCAUUAACCAAUGACUUUUUAAUUCUUCAUCUUUACUUUGAAUCAUUCAAAUGAUAUUGAAAUAUUAUUGAGGUGUCAAUAGAGAACAAGUAGACUGAGUAAAUAGUCAAAUCUAGUCAAAUUUCAACUUUUGUAUUCUGUUCAUUAGGUUUUAGCAGAACGUCCCUGCUCCUUUGAUGAAAAUUACAUGAAUGAAGAUUAAAUAAAAAUUCAAAAAAAAACAGCCA